GCCCAAGUGGCAUCCAGGCACCCUAAGCGUGGCUAGCCUUAGCAGACGCUUCGGGUGAAUUUGCUUUCAGGUUUUCCCUCCACUUUUUAUGGGGGACUUCAUUUUACCUCAGUUUCUCAGGGAUUUCAACGUUGUUUCAAAAGGGGCUAAACGCAGCCCGCAACAAAAGAGCGCAUCCAUCAUGACGUCGCUCGUUAUUGCAACACUUUUGUGCCUCGUAGCCCUUGCGAGCGGCCAAUUACAAGAAUGCACAGACAACCCUUGCGGUGAACACAGCACGGCUUGCUACCUGAAGCCUGACGGGGUCACCCCGUACUGCUAUUGCACGCCGAACUACGAGGGAGACACCUGUGCCAAAUUUAACCGGCAACGGUACUCAUGCAGCUCCCCCGCCGAGCGCAACUUCUACGGCCAGAAGUCGGGAUCUCUGACCUCGCCCAACUACCCGGCCAACUACCCGAUCUCCCAGGCUUGCCCGUACUUCAUCGGCAGCCCCGACGCCAAGAAGUUCGAGCUGACCGUCCACGACCUGUCGUUCGAGAAGGGCAAAGACGAGCUGACGAUCGGCACGGGAUCGCUGUAUGAUGCUAACGGCUACGAGUACCUGUUCGAUCAGGAGAAGUACGAUACAAUGCCCGGCCCAUUGACGCUAGAGGGCGACAGAACCUGGUUCAACUUCUACUCGGAUUUCAACAAUCCGUUCAAAGGCUUUAAUAUCAGCUAUAGAGUUGAUGGCGAUGAAUGCCUCAGCAACCCAUGCGGAAUGGGCCAGACGUGUGUGGACGGCGAAUACACCUACACCUGUGAAGGUCAGGAGACCACUGAUAACGGAAAUGGUGCUUCGCCGCCGGAGAUCGUGUCCACUGGAGGUGGGGAGACAACAGAGGGCGGGCCAAAGGAAACCACGAUAGCAGACCGAUGGCGGCCAGCUAUUAUAGCGGUGGACUUCAUCAACCAGCUCAGCAACAAGACCAAUGGUGGUGGUGGUGGUAGAGAGUGCACCAUUGAGGGCCAGACCUACGCUGAUGGGUUCGAAUGGGACAUGACGCCCUGCUCCUUCUGCAACUGCAAGGAUGGAACGGGUAGCUGUGAGUUCAAGCAAUGCCCAUACGUCAGGUGCAAGAUCCCAGCUAUCAGGGAUAACAACGAGUGCUGCCACACGUGCCCACCCAAGCGACUCUUUGUCAACCAGGUCUCGUUUAGCUUCGGUGGAAGCAGUGGCUCUAUCAUCAGCCACAAGAGCAACGCGAUGGUCAUCAACGUGGACGUGGGCCGCGACAUGGAGCGCAGCAGCGCAGAGUUUAGCGGCAGUAACCUCUGGAAGGUGGGCAUGUACACCAAGAUGAAGGCAGAGGCCGGCGGAGGGCAAAUCUCCGCCAACGAGCAGAUCUUGGACAAGAGAAAGGCCAACAAGAAACUCCUACAAGGUGACAAACUCAAGUUCCACAAGCUGAAGUACAACUUGGACCUGACAGAUCGACGGUGCGAAGAUAUCGAGGAAGUGUGCGCCACAUUCGACAAAGGCGACAAGGCUAAUCCUGACUACACACUGGUCCCCGAGCCCAACCCAGAAGUACUCAUCUCCUGCCAAGCUGUUGAGUGCCCGGCCCCACCUAUGAGCGUGACCUGCACUGACGAUGUCAGCAUGGCGGAGUACCAGGACGGACAGCAGUGGAAUAAGGAUCCCUGCACCAGCUGCACGUGCCACUCGGGUCAUACAGACUGCAUUACUCUGGAGUGUCCGCUGCUAGACUGCACCGAGACCAGACCGGUGGAAGGCGAGUGCUGCCCACAAUGCUUGGUUGAGGAGCUGGGCAAGUGUGUGUAUGAGGGAGUGACCAGAGACACUGGUUCCUCCUGGUCCAUCAGCGACUGCGUCGACUGCCACUGUGAGGACGGAAGUAUUUCUUGUGAGUUCUUUGGAUGCCAGUGCCCAGUACCACCGGAAGAACAGAAGAACUGUGGUGGCUACAAGAACGGCGAGACGUGGUUUGAGAACAACUGUCUCAGGUGCACGUGCACCGAGGGAGAGGUAUCCUGCGAAGCGAUUCCUUGCAGCCCGCUGGAGUGCGCCGAAACCGUGCAAGGAGAGACCGACUGUUGCCCAAGAUGUAAAGACGAUCCACCCACGGAGCCCCUACCCUGCCAACAAGGCGACAAGACCUACUACCACGGCCAAGAAUGGAAACUCAACGACUGCAUCACCUGCGCCUGCAGCAACGGCUACAGCAGCUGUGCCGAGACCGAAUGCCUGCCGCUGGACUGCGCCGAGGAGCCCAUUCUGGUGGAGGGCGAGUGCUGCAUGAUCUGCCAAGAUCAGAGGGAAAAAAUACCCGGCAAACCCUGCUCUCAAAACAACCGACUCUACAAGCACGGCUCGCGAUGGGAGGUGGACAAAUGCACCGAAUGUGAAUGCCACAACAGCGAAGUCAUCUGUGCUGUCAUGGACUGCAGCAUUCCCAACUGCCCAGGAAGAGUUAUCUACGACGACCCGACCGUAUGUUGUCCGUAUUGUAACGAGACAGGACUUGUUGAGGGAUUCUGCGACCACCGUGGGGUGGAGUAUCUGGAAGGCCAAGUGUGGAACCCAGAACCCUGCCUGUCAUGUAACUGCACCGGUGGCUCAGUGGACUGCACCCCCAUUGUCUGUGGCAUCUUUUGCACGGAGUAUGUGCAGGUCCCUGGGGAGUGCUGCCCAGUUUGCGCUGAGGGACCUGAUGUUGUACCCAAGACCUGCACCCAGGAUGGCACCGUCUACACCGAGGGAGAGACCUUCAAGCCCGAUCCCUGCACUUCCUGUAGCUGUCAGAAUGAGUUGGUUCAGUGCAAGGACGUCCUGUGUGUUCAGGUCAACUGCUCGGUGCCUCUCGUCUCUGUGCCCGAGGAAUGCUGUAGUAUAUGCCCAGAGCUAUUCUGUACCGACCAAGCCACGGGCCAAAGGAUCGAGAAUCGGCAGUCCUUCAAACCAGACGUAUGUAGCGAGUGCCACUGUGCGGACGGCAUCCUGCUAUGUGCGGCUGAUCGAUGUGCAGUGAUAGCAGACUGUCCGAGUACCUACAUACCUGAAGGCGAAUGCUGCGAAGUGUGCGCUGAUGGCCCAGACAAGGCGAAAUUACUCCCCUGUGUGGACGGAGCUACGACCCGACAGAGCGGGGAGCAGUGGCGGCCAGACGCCUGCCAGACAUGCAACUGUGUCAAUGGCAGCAUCAUCUGUCUUUCUCGUGACUGUGCCCUCCCGUGCGCCAAUCCGAUCCCUCCUUCCGCUGGCCAAUGCUGCGGCUCCUGUCCUGAGGACCCGUCUUGUAUUGUGGACGGAACCGAGUACCAACACGGUGAGACUUGGACCGAGGAACCCUGUCAGGUCUGUGAGUGCGUCCGAGGCGUUAAGGCUUGCUCACGCAAGCAGUGCACCUUGCCGCAGUGCGACAAUCCCAUCGUCAAACCCGGGGAGUGUUGUCUGUCUUGCCCUGAGGCACCAGAAGUUAUCGUUGGGCAACAAUGCAUGCACAAGGGCAACACGUACAACAGUGGCGAGCAGUUUCAGAACGACGCCUGCACAACGUGCCACUGCAACGAGGGUACCGUCCAGUGUUCGCAGGUUUCCUGUGCGAUUGUCACAUGCCCCGAUGCCAUUCUGAGGGAGGACAAAUGCUGCUUGGAAUGUCCAGAGGCACCGUGUAUCACCAAGUCUGGUAUCCGGCCCCAUGGCAGCCAAUGGGAAGCGGAUACGUGCACUACUUGCCAGUGUGUACAGGGAGUCACCACCUGUGAACCCCAGGUCUGCCCUGAGCUGACGUGCACACCUGAAGAUGUGCCUGGUGCUUGCUGCGACCAGUGCCCAGGUGACACCCCCUGCAUAUACAAGGGCAAGACCUACGUCAAGGACCAGAGGUUCAAAUCAGGUCCCUGUGAGUUCUGCUCCUGUCAGGAAGGGGGCAGCAUCUUCUGCGUACCAGCCUCCUGCCCACUGCUGACCUGUGCCGACCCUGUCAGGCGCGAGGGUGACUGUUGUGCCGUCUGCGAAGAGGAGGGAUUCUGUGAGUAUUUAGACCAGCAGUACCCUGCCGGGAAGUCCUUCCAACCUUCAGCUUGCAUCAAUUGCGAUUGCUCCACCGAGCUGACCGUCACCUGUGCAGUGGUCAGCUGUGACAUUCCAAGCUGUCCAGACCCUAUCUUGCUGGAGGGAGCCUGUUGCCCAACUUGUCAAGACUUAUUCUGCACUUUCAAUGGCAAGGUGUACCCUGAAGGCUCCACUUUCAAGACAGAUCCUUGCAGCAACUGCAUCUGUGAAGACGGGGCCACCUCCUGUGUCGGCGUCCCCUGUCCAUUGCUGAGCUGCCCCCAUGAAUCCUUGGUCCUGAAACCGGGCGAGUGCUGUAUAACUUGUGCAGAGCCGCAGCCCAGCUGCACCUUCCUGGACCAGACCUACGCGGAGGGAGCCCGUUGGCGAGUCAACGACUGCCUGGAGUGCUGGUGUCAGGAUACUAAGAUCUGGUGCGCUAGGAUCGCCUGCAUGCCCGUCAGGGACUGCAGCGCUGUGACCAAGGAAGCAGACCAGUGCUGUCCGGUCUGCGCGGUGCCUCCCCCACCCCCAAACUGCCCCACGGACACCGGUCUGACCUACCAGCACCGAUCCCGAUGGUACAGCAACUGCGGCUACUGCACGUGCCUGAAUGGCGCCGUGUCCUGCGUGGAGGAAUUCUGCCAGCCGCUGCAAUGCGAGAACCAAGUCAAGCCUGCUGGAGCCUGUUGCCCUGUCUGUGUCGAGGAUACCAAGGCCUGUACCCUAGCCGGAACCACCUAUGAACACCGAGCCGUCUUCCGUAUCAACGAAUGCUACGAUUGCAUGUGCUACGAGAGUGCCUUCUACUGCUGGGGCAGCGUGUGCCGCAAGCCGGCCUGUGAGAAUCCCGUCAAGACUCCAGGCAAAUGUUGUCUGGAGUGCCCAGAAGACCCAGCAGUUGGCCCCAAAGCUGCAGACUGCAUGAUACCAGAGGACCGCGUCUACGCCCACGGCACCUUCUUCAAGACCGACCCGUGCCUGUUCUGCUCCUGCAACAACGGCACUGUCAUCUGCAACCGGGAGCCCUGCGAGGCCAAGGCCUGCGACGCGGAGGGAGAGGUCACGUUGGAGGGAGAGUGCUGCAGCCGAUGCAGAUCUGAUAUCAAGAAGUGUGUGGUCAAGGGAGAGACGUACUCGCACGACGACAGAUGGCGUGUCGGCGAUUGCAAGGAGUGCUACUGCGACAACGGCGUGGUCAAGUGCACGGACCUGACAUGUCCAGAACUGACCUGUGAGGAUGCAACCCAAAGCGAAGGCGAAUGUUGCCCGACAUGUCCAGCUGCACCGACAGCCGGCCCCCCGUGCACAUUCGACGGCAUGGAGUACACGGAAGGACAGCAGUGGCGCAAGGACAAAUGCACCCUGUGUGAGUGCACGGCCGGCACGGUCAAGUGCACGGCUGACCAAUGCCCGCCGCUGGACUGCGAUAACCCAGUGACUGUCAAGGGUGAAUGCUGCCGCGCCUGCCCAGAGGUUGCCAAAUCCUGUGAGAUUGACGGCAAGAUCUUCAAGCACGGCGAGGUGUUCCGUGACGAGAGUUGCCGGGAUUGCCUGUGCUACAACGGCGCCAAGACAUGCACCCUGAAUAACUGCCCCGCCCUCAGCUGCAGCCGAGCCAAUUCCUUCCUGGUCACGGGCGAAUGCUGCCCUCAAUGUCAGGGUGAUUCUAAGAGAGCCUGCGAGGUCAACGGCCUGAAGUACUCUGACGGCCAGCAAUGGCGCCGCGGUAACUGUGAAAGCUGCCGAUGUGAGCAAGGUCAAGUCUCAUGCACAGUGAAGGAAUGUCCCAUCGCCACCUGUGAGAAUCCUGUGCUACCCGAGGGUGAAUGCUGCCCAAAAUGUCCAGACGAUCUGAAGUCCUGUUCAGUGGAAGGCGAAGACAAGCCCCACGGCUUCUGGGGAGUUGUGCGCACCGGCGACAAGUGCCAACAGUGCGAGUGUACCAACGGUGAACUCGAAUGCGUGACGGACUUCUGCCCGCCACCAGACUGUGAGAAUCCGGUUUCGCAUGAAGAUUCCUGCUGCCAGUCUUGUCCUGAUGAUAAUACCUGUGUGUACAAGAACUAUCGCUACGUCCAUGGGGAGUUUGGGCACAAGGAUGAGUGUACGACGUGCCAGUGCUAUAACGGCACCAUUGUGUGUGACCCGGAGGCCUGCCCUGUGCUGACCUGCACCGAGGUGGUCAAGGUGGAUGGCGAAUGCUGCCCUCGCUGCAACGACGAAACCAAAGUCUGUAACUACGGCGGCGUGGACUACAAUAACGGCGAGUCCUGGCAGGCUGACCCCUGCUCUCGCUGCCAGUGCAACGACGGUUCAGUCAGCUGCGAUUACCAGAACUGUCCGGGUACCACCUGCGACAGCCCGACCAAAGCGGCAGGAGAGUGCUGCAGACGUUGCCCCGGGGACCCACCACCAUGCGACACCGAGCGCGGCAUGUACAGCCAGGGGGAGACGUGGCGUCAACUCAGAUGCGUCACAUGUACGUGCCUGGACGGGGAGGAGGAUUGCCGCAACGAAAUGUGCCCCCUGCUGACCUGCGCCGACCCACAGAGUGUCGUCGGAGAAUGCUGCAGGAAAUGCCCAUCGGAGACUCGAUCAUGCGUAGUGGGAGGCGUCACCUACGCCCACAAGGAGAUGUGGCAACCCUCCCCCUGCCGCAACUGCCAAUGCAACGACGGCACCGUGGUCUGCACGGAUCAGACCUGCCCAGAGCUAACCUGCCCGGAACCUAUUCAGCUGGACGACAUCUGCUGCCCUAGAUGCCCAGGUGAGCUGGUCUACAAAACUUGCAUGGACAUGGACCAGACGUACUCACACCAGCAGGAAUGGCGUCGGGAUGCCUGCACCACCUGCAGCUGCAACGACGGCAUCGUGACCUGCAACACCGAGAACUGCCCCGUGCUGCAGUGCGAGGGAGGUGAACCCGUCGCGCAGGAGGGACAGUGCUGCAAGGUCUGCCCAGAGGAAGCCCAGCAAUGUGAGGUCGACGGCGAAACUUACGAGCACGGCAGGACAUGGCGGGACGGCGACUGCCGCGUCUGCAGCUGCAAGAACGCCCAGGUCAGCUGCGACACGGAGGGCUGCACAGCGCCAGACUGCGACAACCCCAUCACGGUGGAAGGCAAAUGCUGCCUGCAGUGCCCGGAGGUUGCACCAGCCCGUGACUGUGAAUACAAGAACAACUUCUACCCUCACAGCUACCGCUGGAACCCCGACGUCUGCACGCAGUGUAACUGCAACGACGGCACGGUCAGCUGUAAGGACAUCCAGUGCCCGGAGAUCUUGUGCCCCAGCCAGGAACAGACCAUACUGGAAGGAGAAUGCUGCCCUGUCUGCCCAGAUCAGAGCAAGCCGUGUACUGACGGCGUUAAUGACUACAAUCACGGUGACCGCUGGUCGGUCGACGACUGUACCCGCUGUACCUGCCUCAACAGUGACGUCUCGUGCAACACACGUCUCUGCCCAACCCCGGAGUGCGACAACGUCAUACCUGUGGAAGGCCAGUGCUGCGACAGUUGUGCAGGUGAGCCAGCCGUAGUCCGCGCGCCUUGCACCUUCAAGGGCCAGGAAUACGCAGACGGGGAGUGGUGGGAGGUUGACGAAUGCAAGACCUGUACUUGCAUCGACGGCGACCUGGCCUGCAACUUUGUGUCCUGCCCUCGCCUGACCUGCGAAGGCACGCCCAUCCAGGAAGAGGGCAAGUGCUGCAAGACAUGCCCUGCUGACGCCGAGCCCUGCAUGGACGGUGAGACCCCCUACGAGCACGGCACCACCUGGGCCAAGUCUGUCUGCACUGACUGCACCUGUAAUGACCAGAGCGUGACAUGUGAGCAAGAAGUCUGCCCUGCGCUGGCAUGCGAGGAGACUGAAGAUGUGGGACAGUGCUGCAAACAAUGCAAAGGUGACCCCGCAUUCAAGAAAUGCACCUACAAGGAUAAGGAGUACAAGCAUGGUUACAUCCUGCGCGGGAAUAACUGCAAGCAAUGCACCUGUGAGGAUGGAGAAUGGGCCUGCGAGACGGAACUCUGCCCUGCGCUGAGCUGUAGUGACCCGGUCAGCAUCGAGGGUGAAUGCUGCAAGAAGUGCCCAGAGGAUGUCAAAUCCUGUGAUGUUGGCUUUAUGUACGACCAAGUGACAUACAAACACGGCGAAAAGUGGAGCGAGAGUGCCUGCGUGGAAUGCCAGUGCGACAACGGCGCGGUGGUCUGCGAUCACCAGAGCUGCCCGGUGCCCGAUUGCAGCGACGCGGCCGUGUUGGAAGGAGAAUGCUGCCCAACGUGCCCCGGCAUAGCCCCACUGAAAUCCUGCCGAGCUGGCAAUCAGAAGUACAAAAACGGCGACGUCUGGAACCCCACGGACUGCAGCCAGUGUACCUGCUCAGACGGCGACAUCUUCUGCUCCAAGGACACCUGCCCUCGUGUGACCUGCGACAACCCAGUCAAGGUCAAGGGUGAAUGCUGCAAGAAGUGCCCAGAUGAGUUGAAGCAGUGCCAGUUGGAUGGUAAUGGAGACGUCAAGGACCAUCUUGAGACAUGGCGGGUCAACAACUGCAAGAAGUGCCAGUGUAACGACGGCAAGGUGUCCUGCGACACCCAGACGUGCCCGGAGGUGGACUGCGCAGACGCCGUUGUGCCAGAUAACCAGUGCUGCCCUGUCUGUCCCAAGGUAGCACCGCCGGCGCUCACAGCGAAGUCCUGCGAGGUCGGAGGUCAGACCUACCAGCACGGUGAACGCUGGGACAAGAACGCCUGCAAGUCGUGCGUCUGUGACAACGGCAAAGUCAACUGUGACUCCCCGGCGUGUGGUGCCCUGACUUGCACCGACCCCAUCAAGGUGCCCGGCGAAUGCUGCAUGAGAUGCCCAGAGGAUGCCCAAGUCUGCAUCACCGCCGACAGUGUAGAGUACCAACACGGCGAGACAUGGCGUGACGGAGACUGCAAGAGAUGUAAGUGCAACAACGGCGGUAUCGAUUGCGACGAGACAACGUGCCCAAGCCUGACCUGCAGUAACCCUAUCACCGUUCCAGGCCAGUGCUGCAAGCAGUGUGAAGGACGACCAUUUGAGACCUGUACCUACAAUGGCGAGGAGUACCAGCAUGGCGAGAGAUGGGACGGCAAGAGUCACUGCACUUCAUGCUCGUGCACCGACGGCGCAGUGGAUUGCGAGACGCCGACCUGCCCGGCACUGACCUGCUCCAACCCAGUCAAGGUCAAAGGUCAAUGCUGCAGGGUCUGCGUCGAGGACUUUGGCACGUGCGUGGCGGCAGACGGCACCCGAUACAAUCACGGCGAUGAAUGGAAGGCAAGCGACUGCGUGACGUGUACCUGCGACGAUGGCACCACCUCCUGCAACACCCUCAAGUGCCCCGCCCUCGGCUGCAAGCCGACGAUCCGCGACGAGGGGCAGUGCUGCCCUCGCUGCCCAGCUGAUCCAGCCCCGAAGACCUGUCGUCUCAAGAGCGGCGUGGAGUACAUCUCAGGCCAGUCCUGGCGUAAGGGACCCUGCCGGACUUGCAGCUGCGACAACGGCAACAAGAACUGUCAGACGGAGAGCUGCCCGCUGCUGAGCUGCAGCGACCCGGAGGAGGUGGUCGGCGAGUGCUGCAAGAGGUGCCCCGAGGAUAUUCCAACCUGCCUUGCGACCGGGGGAGUCACAUACAAGCACGGUGAGACCUGGCAGCCCGAUGCAUGCAAGACCUGCGAGUGCAAAGAGGGAACCAUCGUCUGCACGGACAAACUGUGUCCCAAGCCGACCUGCGAUAAUCCGGCGGCUGUAGAGGGCGAAUGCUGCCCUCAGUGUCCAGGCGUCCCGAGCCCCAAGUCCUGCAAGCGAGGUGACGAGGUCGUACCCCAUGGCGAUACCUGGCAGUCAGGUCCCUGCAAGUCCUGCAGCUGCUCCAACGGACGCAUCGACUGCGAGUCCAACGUCUGCCCGACGCUGACCUGUAGCGAGACGGUCAAGGUCAAAGGGGAAUGCUGCCAACGGUGUACAGAGGAUGCCAAGGAUUGCCUGAGCGAUAUCAGCACCCCCUACAAACACGGCGAGAAAUUCUCCACCGACCCAUGCAACUCGUGUGAGUGCUACAACGGGGAGACGUACUGCACCUCCAAGGACUGCAACCCGACCGACUGCGAGAACCCCAUCACUCGCAGCGACGAGUGCUGCGCACGAUGCCCCGGUGAGCCAAUCCCUGCUCCCUGCAUGUACGAGGGCAAUGAGGUCCCCAGCGGCGAAUGGUGGCGUAUCAACCCGUGCAAGACCUGUCAAUGCAACAACGGCAUCGUGGGCUGCUCCACCGAGACCUGCCCGCUACUCACUUGCCCCAACUCUGUCAAGGUGGCCGGAGAGUGCUGCCGAAUCUGCAUUGAUGAGCCGGACAUGGGCUGCACGGUGGACGGUCGGCGCCUGCAGACCGGCGAGACAUUCCGCCAAUCCCCUUGCUCUACCUGCACCUGCUUCUUCGGCUCGCUGGAGUGCGACAUGACGGUCUGCCCAGAGACCCUGUGCGACAAUGCGGUCAAGGCACGCGACGAAUGCUGCCCUCGCUGCCCAGAUGAGCCAGCGCCAGCCCCAUGCACCUUCAAGGACAAGAGCUACGUGAGCGGCGAGUCCUGGACUAAAGGCCCCUGCAAGACCUGCAGCUGUGAGAACAGCAAAGUCAGCUGUGAGAACACACAGUGCCCUGCGCUGGACUGCGCCGACCCUGUGAGGGUCAAGGGCGAGUGCUGCCUGAAAUGCCCAGACCAACUGAAAUCGUGCACAUUUGACGACGGCAGGGAGUUCGACCACGGCACUAGCCUCAAAUACAGCAACUGCACCACGUGCUACUGCGACAAUAGUGUCAUUACGUGCGACACUGAGCUGUGCAAGGCGCUGGACUGCGCCGAGCCUCUCAGCCAGGAGGGCAAGUGCUGCGACACCUGCCCUGGGGAUCGCGUGUCCAAGGGCUGCACCACGAAGUCCGGCCGCAAGAUGCGCCACGGCGAGAUAUGGCAGCGGAACCCGUGCAAGGUCUGCACGUGCGACAACGGCAACCUACGCUGCGACAAGGAGACCUGUCCCGCCCUGCCCUGCGACCAGCCGCUCAAACGCGUGCCUGAAGAAUGCUGCCGCAAAUGCCCACCAGAUCCAGACAAUGCCUGCUCAGACGCAGAAGGCAACACCUACAUGCCUAGAGAGAAGUGGAAUCCAGAUCCGUGCACGGAGUGUGAAUGCACCGAGCUGGGUGGUGUCAGAUGUACAUCCAAGGACUGUCCUGCACUGGACUGUGACAAUCCAGCACCAGUGGAAGGACAGUGCUGCAUGACGUGCGAUCCAACUGCCAUCAUUAAGCCCCUCCAGUACUGCACCUCCACACGCAAAGAGGGUGACACCUGGCAGCCAACGCCGUGCUCCACAUGUACCUGCAGAAGCGGCCUGAUUCAGUGCCAGAUAGAGACCUGCGAUACGCUGGAUUGCACCACCUACAAACCGGCUGGCGAAUGCUGCCCGAGAUGUACAACUGACUAUAAGAAGUGCAAAGAAGGCGACGGCACGACGCGCAACCCGGGAGAAUUCUGGCGCCCGACUAACUGCGAGGAAUGCACAUGUGACGCGGGCAUGACACAGUGCCGUCCAAUCACGUGCGACACUGAGCCGACAUGUAACGACCCGCAGUCAGUUUCCGGCAUCUGCUGCCCAGUAUGUCCUACUGACAACUUUGACGGCUGCGACAUCAGCCGCAACCGCCGCAUCAACCACGGCGAGACAUUGAAGCUGGACAACUGCAACACCUGCACGUGCAGCGACGGCCUCUUGGAAUGCAACGAGGAGGUCUGCCCGGCUCUGGACUGCGUCAAGAGCGUCAAGCGAGAGGGAGAGUGCUGCGCCGAGUGCCCAAUCCCAGUAGGCGAGGGUGACUGCACAUUGGACGGUGUGGUCUACCGCAACACUGAGACCUUCGAGGAUCCCGCCGACAAUUGUCUGAAGUGUGUUUGCAACACGGGUGAAGUCACCUGCGGACAGCCAGGAGAACCCUGCCCACCGGUGGAGUGCGCUGCCCCUAUCAUAGUGGAUGGAGAAUGCUGCCCGUCCUGUAUAGAGGGAGUUUGCGAGUACCAGAAUAAGCUGUAUCAGAGCGGCGAUACAUGGGACGCGUCGGACUGCGAGCACUGCGAGUGCAGCGACGGCAUGGUGGUCUGUGCCAUUGAGGAUUGCGCUGCCGGCCCAUGCUCCACUGACCAUAUCACGGUCCCCGGACGCUGCUGUCCAGAAUGUCCAGAUGAUUUCCGUGCGUGCAUGGACAAGGCCGGCAUGUACAGCCAUGGCGACAGGUGGAUCAAGGCAGACGACAUCUGCGUGGACUGCUUCUGUGACGAUUCAGCCAUCUGCUGCGAGCACAUCAGGUGCCCAGAACCAGAGUGCCAGAACCCCACCGUUAUACCGGGACAGUGCUGCCCGACAUGUGAUGAUGUCCCAGUACCCACAACCUGCACCUACAAAGGCAGUACUUACCAGAACGGCGAGCGAAUUGAUGAGCAGUGCUCUUCGUGCGAGUGUUCCAACGGUGCAAUGACGUGUACCCCAACGGUCGCAUGCCCAGCUGUGUUCUGUCCCAACCCCAUACAGACUCAAGGGGAAUGCUGUCCAAGAUGUGGAGCUCAGUGCUUCCACUCUAACCAAGAGUUCCAGGACGGCGAGACGUGGCAGGACCCUUUACAGACGUGCUUCACGUGUACCUGCCUGAACGGCCUGGUCAGGUGUGGUCUGGAGUGCCCGGCCCUUCGGUGUCUGGACAGUAGCCUCAAGGACGGCGAAUGCUGUCCGACGUGUCCAGAUAUUUCCUUCGGCGGCGCUCAAGCACAGUUGUACGGCACCGUCGACAACUACUUCCUAGACUAUACCAUCGGCAUUAUUAACGCUGAGCGUCCCAUCCAAGGUCGCCAACUCUGGCGGGUCCGCAUGUGGAGCGCCACCCGUGAUGAUGGCACCGGACGCAAGAUGGCCUUCCUCAAGCAGGCCCUGAACAAGGAGCAAUAUAGCCAGACCAUCAGCACCACAGACACCCAGCUCCACUUCCAACGCUUGGAGUACCAGCGGGACUUGGGUAACCUGCCCUGCUCGGCCUUCCCGUACGUCUGCGCCGAGUUCUUAAUGACUCGUGACGGCUUCGACGAAUACACCACCUCCACCACGUUCGGCGAGCCGAUCAGUACAGCUUGCCUUCCAGCAUGUGGAUAAAUUGAACACAACUCCAAACCUCGAAACUUUUUAACGAUCAGGCAUGAACUUUUCCAAAAACCACCUGAUAUCCUCAUUCUUUAAAAACUUACCGUGUAUGUCGGUGAAAAUUUAAAAGACUGUAGACUGUCUUGUAAAGCUUGGAAAUUGCUCAAUUUGUUGCAACUUCUAAGUUGCAUGCCCGAGUGCUAUACUAUCGUUAAGACACAGUUUAGUUUGUUUCAGGUAAAAUAAUGAUAGAAUUAAUUAAAGAGUUUUGUUCUUUCAUAUGUCUUCAGCUGCCGUACACCACUGUUUGGGCCGUUCGAAAUUGUUAACACUCUUCUGGCGUGUCAAGUCUAACAAAACAUUAACGAGAAAACUUUGACUUUAAAAGUUAACAAAUGAAGCCGCUACACACUGGUCAGAUACACAGAGACAGUUUACAAAAUGAAGAACCAGUUUUUUAUUAAGUUUGCUGAUCCACCUUGGAUAAUAUCUUCAAUGUAUUUGGUUUUAUUUUAGGUACUUAAAUAAUCUGUUCAGACCAAGUUUUGUAAUUUGAAAAUCCGCAAGAAACCAUGCUUCCAGUUUUUCUUAAACAGCAUAUAGUGCGACAGUGUCAGUUGAGUUUUAACCGUAGAUGUGUAGAUCAGUUCUUGUCGGUGUUCUUAUUUGUUACUUUUAAUUUGAUCCACUUUGCUCCCAAUUAGUUUCUUAAUCUUUGUAAUGACACAAAAAUAGCCUAUCUGAUUCAUUUUAUGCCAAUAUUUCUAGAUACCUUAGGUGUCAUCACUUGAAACAACGCAAUUCCUUUUGCAAAGCGUUCAAGACAAAACUUUUAUGUCUAAAGCUUGCCGUGGUUUGUUCUAGAACCAAAGUUGUAAAGAACGUACGUUGAAACGAGGAAAGCUUUAGGGAGGAAGAAGAAUCGUAAUUCUCGGGCAAGGAAAAGACUAGAGUCUUGAACCUUCCAAAACGAGAGAACUUUUGGAGAGUUUCUAUACAUUUCAAAACAGGAAAAUCUUUUUCUAUCUUUUUCUUAGAAGCAGAAAGUUGGAUGAAUAAUCUCAUGUUGAUUAACUUGACGUUAUGUGAUCAAACUUCAGAAACUGCACUAAAGAAGUGAACAGUACAAAAAAAGGCAACAAUGUUACAUUUUCAUAUUCAUUUUAUUAAAAAACAACAUCUGUUCCUUGCACCCCAGUUUCAAAAAUUCGCCCACUUAUGUGUACAUGGUCUUGCUACACGGUAUGCUGAAUAGAUAUCAGUACAGGAGAAUAAGUUCCAGUACGUAUUUUAAUGUCAUUUUUAAUUAUAAAACUGUACUCAGUUUUUUUUGUAUGAAUGUAAUAGUUGUGUUUGUUAAUGAAAUAAAUAAUAGAUUUUGAAGAGA